AUGCCGACCCUCGGAUUCCUAAAGAAGAAGCGGACGAAGGACUCGUCCGGCUCAAAGGAUCUCGACUCACCAUCGUCGCCGGCCAAAGACCAGUUCUCACCAAUAACACACACCACCUCCAAAUCCUCCGACCUCUCGCGAGCUACGACCAACAACUCAACGCUGUCCAAGGUCACGACGUCGGGCUCAUCGCACGAGCAACAAUCCGCGCAGACCAACGACUCAAUGUACACAACGCAAAGCUCACAUCAGCCAACCCAGCCAAGCAUACAGAACCUGAUCCACCCAUCCAAUGACGGCAAGACUGGAAACGCGAAUGGAGCCGCGGCGCAUCCGUCGCAGAGGGCCACCAAAGGCAAAUACACCCUCCAAGACUUCGAUUUUCAACGGACGCUGGGGACGGGCAGCUUCGGCCGGGUGCACUUGGUGCAGUCGAAGCACAAUCAGCGGUACUAUGCGGUCAAAGUUCUGAAGAAGGCGCAGGUAGUCAAGAUGAAGCAAGUGGAGCAUACCAACGACGAGCGUCGUAUGCUGGGCAUGGUCAAGCACCCGUUCCUGAUCACGCUCUGGGGCACAUUCCAGGACUCGAAGAACCUGUACAUGGUCAUGGACUUUAUCGAAGGUGGUGAACUGUUCAGCUUGCUACGGAAAUCGCAACGUUUUCCAAAUCCGGUCGCUAAGUUCUACGCCGCUGAAGUAACUCUUGCGCUGGACUAUCUCCAUUCGAUGGAUAUCAUUUACCGUGACUUGAAGCCCGAGAACCUCCUUCUCGAUAGGCACGGUCACCUCAAGAUUACGGAUUUCGGCUUCGCCAAGGAGGUGCCAGACAUCACGUGGACACUCUGCGGCACUCCAGAUUACCUAGCGCCAGAAGUAGUCGCCUCGAAGGGAUACAACAAGUCUGUGGACUGGUGGUCACUUGGCAUCUUGAUCUUCGAAAUGCUCUGCGGGUUCACCCCUUUCUGGGAUGGAGGUUCGCCCAUGAAAAUCUACGAGAACAUUCUCAAAGGACGCGUCAAAUAUCCACCUUACGUCCAUGCAGACGCUCAGGAUCUACUUCAGAAGCUGAUCACCCCCGACUUGACUAAACGUCUCGGCAAUCUGCACGGCGGAAGCAAGGAUGUGAUGCAGCACGCUUGGUUUGCGGAGGUCACGUGGGACCGCUUGGCGAAGAAGGACAUCGACGCCCCGUACGUACCACCGGUCCGCGGCGGCGCCGGUGACGCCAGUCAAUUCGACAAAUACCCUGAGGAGACGGAAGCAUAUGGACAGACCGGUGAUGAUCCGUAA